AUGAACAACAUGACCUUCAACACCAGCGGAGGAGACGCAUUCUGGGAUCUGGGAGACGACCAACGGCAACAGUUUCAGCAGUUCACCCACCAGAUGUCUUCAAAUCAGCAACACAUGGCCUCGACUUCAGGCCACAGCAGUCCCCAGUCCUCUCACGGCGCCAUGCCCGCACAACGAAUCUGGCCUAUGCCCCUCGACAUGAGUUCCGGCGCCAUCGAGCACUCGAGCCCACCCGAGUCGCACCACCAGCACCAUCACCAGCAUCACUCGAGCUCGCCUGCGCAGAGCGCCUCGCCGCUGUCUCAGUCCUCGCCGUACCAGCAGCCCGGCAGCAUGCUCACCGACUUUGCCUUGCAACAGCACCUGCAACAGCACCAGCAGUCCACGCCCGACUUCUCAUCCUACAUCUCCGACCCUUUCAUGCCUGUGACCUACGACAGCUUUGCCUCCAACUUUGCGCCCAUCAACCCCAUCAGCUACCUGCCCGCAACAACCCAGCAAUUGCCCACCAACUUUUUGCAAGCCGCCGCGUUCAACUCCAUGCCGCCCAUGGACGACAGCGUCCCCGCCAUGACCUGGCCCAACCUUCCCAUGGACAACUGGCAAGAUCUUCAGGCUGCUGUGCCCCCCAUGCAGCUUGGCUCCUUGCCGCACACUGUCGGCAGCAGCUCGCCCACCGGCACGUUUCUCGAGGUCCUGUCUCUUGCCAGCUCCAACGAGGGCAGCUGGAUCAUGGUCGGUGACCAGAACAACGCUGGCAGCUUCAACCAGUUCCAGCAGGCACAGCAGAACGCCGCCAUUUUCAACCCUGGACAGACUCUGCACCUGAGGACAAAUUCUGACUCGUCAGACGGCGCCAACUCGUUCGAGCUCGGCAGUUACGAGGAGAUCCCGCCUUUCCCCAUCUCGCCCUUUUCUCCCGGCUCCGACUCGUACCCUGAGCAGCACGCUUCUCACCGCAGCUGCUACGGCGAGAACCACAACCACCACCACGACACUGUUUCUCCGACCGCCGCCGUCGCCCCCGUGCCCAUCCAGACCACCUCGAGCAGGCCGAGCCCCGCGAGCGGCUCUGGUGCCACCUCGCCGCCCAUCGUGUCCACACGUCGCAACUCCGGCCAGCGCAAGAGCCCUACCAGCAAGACUGCUAAGCCUGUCAUCCGCCGCACCUCCAACGGCCGCAAGGACGGCUCCGUCGAGAAGAAGGUUGGCCGCAGACGUGGUCCCCUGUCCGAGGAGCAGCGCAAGCAGGCUGGCGAGAUCAGGAAGCUGCGUGCUUGCCUCCGUUGCAAGUUCUUGAAAAAGACGUGCGACAAGGGCGAGCCUUGCGGCGGUUGCCAGCCUUCCCACGCCCGUCUUUGGCAGGUUCCUUGCACUCGUAUUGACAUCAAGGAUAUCAACUACUUCCUCAAGGGCUGGAAGGUUGACUACGAGCGCCACACCAGCCGCAAUGUCUCCGUCUUCAAUGUCAAGGGCUUCUCCCCGAACGAGACCUUGAUGUGGAUCACCCACGGCUAUGGCUUCGCCCUGCCGGUCUACGUCCGCGAGGUCUAUGUCAACGACGAGAGUGUUUUCCAGGUCGACUGGGUUGAGUCUCAUCUCACCGACCAAGAACCUAUCGAGUUUGACAUUCGCACUGAUAGGCUGGAUGUCGGCGCCAAGGGCGUCUCCGUUGAUGCUCUGUCUGCCUACCUUGACAAGCACAUUGACGGGCCUUUCGAGGAGUUCAUUGACGACCACUUUGAGGGCACCCCCUUCAUCACCGAGAUUCUCAAGACUGCUCACCGCUUCUAUGUCAAGGAGAAGAUGCCCGUCAUUCGCAAGGCUCUCAAGCUCGUCCUCGCUUACAACCUGACAAUGCACAUCACCAUGAUCCAGCAGCAAGGUGACGAGGCCGGAAGCGACGGACAGAUAGAUGACGAGGACUCCAAGUUCUACGGCCAGACCGUGGCCCCUGUCAUGGUCAACUUCCAGAUCAAGUGCGCCCUCGCCGAUAUGUGGCGUGAGCUGCAGCGUGACAUCCUCGAGGAGCUGUCGUCGCUCUACUCGAGUGUCUACAGCGGCGAGCGACUGAAGAACUGGCCCACCAUCUUCAUGCUCGCCUCGAUCCUGCUCGCUGUCUGGGAGGAGAUGCAGUUCGACUCUCACUACCGCAUGCCCGACCCUGCUGCCGUCAACAAGUUCUGCACGGACAUGGAGACGACGCCCGUUGGUGUCAUUGUCGGUCUCUUCCACGCCAUCUCACAAAAGCUCCCUGCCUUCACCGAGUGGGACACCGCCAAGCACGGCCACAUUCUCAACAACAACACGGCUGUCUGUGAGGCCAUGACUGAAGUCCGCGAGCACGUCCGCAAGCAUGAGGACUACCUCCGUGCUCGUCCGGAGUGCACCUUUGACAGGAACGACUUCGACUGCCUGUCGAACAAGUUCCUGUCCAAGCUAGUGAUCCGCGCCAACUAGGCCAGAAGCUGGCAGCACUCCGAAGACACCCCUUUCGCAUAAUGCACAAAGUGUACAAUGCUCCUCUGAAGUCGUGGGGUCGGCUCAUCUUAACUAUUUCCUUUGUUCUGAAUUUGUCUCCAGAGUCACAGCGACGGCGUUGCCACGAAGCAUACACGCAAGACGUGUACUGCAUUGAUUGCUUAUGAGCUUUUCAGCCACUCUUGGUUUUAUCUGCCUCCUAUCCCGUGGCUUGAUCUUCUCUUCUCGGCAUGCCACCGCACGGAUGAUAUCUGACGAAUGUGUCACGGCCCUUUUUGACGAUUUACUCGUUUUACGAUCUUCUUCGACGAAUGUAUGACCAACGGCAGAGGCCAGCGGGAAAAGGGGGAAUGACGACCUCGCAUGCGGAAGGGCGGCCAGGGUUAUUUUUAACGUGCAUUAUUUUAUCAUGGGAACGACGAUGGCCGGUACGACAGGUACGGAAGCGACGACAGAGCAUACACACAAUGACGAUGAUAUGCAUGGGACUCUGGCGUUUGACACUCCCCGAGGGACCGCCCUUGAUGGAUUUAUCGAAACUUUUACUGGGCGGACGGGUUUAUAGCCAUGAAGGCUUCUGCCUAUGAUUGUAUUCAGGCAGCUUGCGUUUAUACUCAAAAGCAAUUCUCCGUCACCGCGACUGUGCGCAAGAGCUUCUCUGCUUCUCGUGACUGUGUCGGUUUUCAUUUGUGUGUUAUACUCCAGGCAAUCGUCACGACAGUAUUGUUAGGCGCCUCGAUGAAAGUGUCCAAAUUCAGCCUCG